AUGACUCGGCCCAACCCAGCAACUUUUGCCGGAGCAAUGAAGAGUCUCAACUUGGACAUUCCGUCCUAUGAACAGGUUGAGCUUGAAAGCAUGCGGUAUCCCGAAUUGGCCCAGGCUAAAACGCAUUUGGAAUCCACUUUGGAAACGCUUUUUGAUCUUUUACAUAACACCUACAAUUUUGAUAUGGAUACGCCUCUUGUGGUUGAUGGCUUUCCAAGGAACGACGUUGACGUAGUGAGUAUUCGUCUUGUCCGGACCAAUAUCAUCAGACUCCGAAACGACCACUCUCUUGUAUUACGAUUACUCGAAACACACUUGGCCGAGCGCCUCCUGGCGGCUACAAACCCACAAAUCGAAUCUCUUCAAGUGAGCGAAUCGCCACUGACGGCUGCAAAAAAGCCAUUUGCCACUGUCCGCGAGGUGGCGCCCGAAAGCCCUGCUGCCACAUGUGGUUUGCGGCCAGGAGACCGCAUCGUUUCGUUUGACACUGACAUCGACGCGUCCAACCAUGCUGGGCUCACUGCGCUUGCCGCUCGUGUUCAGGAGAAGAUUGGUCUGGAAAUUCCGGUAGAAAUCCUUCGCCAUGGCGAAACGUCAACUGUUACCCUUGUUCCACGACAAUGGGCGGGACGGGGUGUGCUUGGGUGUCACAUCGUACCUUGCUAA